UUUAAAGUUUUAUCGGACAUCAAUUAUUGGAUAUUUAGAGGUAGAAUGAACUCGUGUUUGUAAUUAGCCAGAAAUCCGUUAUUUGUACCAAUGGCUGAGAAGAUUGAGGAAGAGAAAGCUACAAGCGCUUCACAUAACCUAACAUGUCCACUAUGUCUUGGUAUCUUCGACGAGGCGACCAUCCUGACUUCAUGCGGACACACCUUCUGUCGGAAAUGUCUCAAGAACUAUGACCUGUCCCAUCAGGAACUUGAUCACAUGAUAUGUCCUCUCUGCAAGGAGGUCACCAAGUUGUCUGCGAACCGUGUCGAUGAUUUCCUCACCAAUGUGACGGUCAACGGACUCGUAGACGAUUACAACGCCAAGUGUGGAGGGGUGAAUGCUGCCCUGGAGGUGCGUCCAAAAUGCACUGCUUGCACAUUCCAUCAAGAUGCUGUCUCAUUCUGCAGAACAUGUAAUAACUACAUGUGUGAUAAGUGUCUGGAUUGUCAUCAACAUCUUAAAGUCGUCUUUGAAGGACAUGAGAUUGUAUCCAUGGAGGAUAUCAUCAAGGGGAAGGUCAGCAUUGGUCACCUAUAUGAGAAGUGCUGCAUCCACAAACAAGAUAACAAAGAUAUGUUUUGUGAGGAUUGUAAGGUCCACGUCUGUCACAAGUGCGUGAUAGUCAGUCAUCAAAAUCACAACAUCAAGCAUCAGGCUGACUUCGAGCAAGAGUUACGGCUAAAGGUGAACGACCUUGUCCAGCGUUGUGCAAAUAAGACAUCCGAACUGGAGAAGAACAUUCAGAAUGUGGAGGUACAACGAAAUGAAGUAUACACUGCCGUGCAGAGACUACUAGACGAUGUCAAUCAAGCCUACAGCAUCAAGGCGAAAGAGCUUGAAAAAAAUCAUCGAAAUCUCAUCGAGCAGAUCAAUGCAGUGAAGCGGAGUUUCGAUGACGAUCUCAACGUCUUAAAAUCCAACGAUCGACAAAGGAUCAAGAGUAUUUGCAGUUUAAUAACACUGGUAACUACUGACAGACUGGGUCGUCUUGAGCCAGACAGUGUGUCUGCUCAUACCUUGCUCUGUGAGGAACUAGAUGCCAUGCUGAAGGAGGCUACUGAUCACACUUCUGCGGCAGCCAUUACGAAUAAAGCACAGGAAAAGAGGUUCAAGUCUGCAGAUGUUACUCGCAUUGAACUCGGAAGCAUUUCAGAAUCAACUACUGACCACACUUCUGCUGCAGCCAUUGGGAUGACAGCACAAGAAAAGAGGUUCAAGCAUGAAGAUGAUACUCGUCUUGAGCCCAGGAGCAUCUCAGAAUCAGCUACUGAUCACACUCCUGCUGCAGCCAUUAGCAAGAAAGCACAGGAGAAGAGGUUCAAGCAUGAAGAUGAUACUCGUCUUGAGCCCGGGAGCAUCUCAGAAUCAGCUACUGAUCACACUCCUGCUGCAGCCAUUAGCAAGAAAGCACAGGAGAAGAGGUUCAAGCAUGAAGAUGAUACUCGUCUUGAGCCCGGGAGCAUCUCAGAAUCAGCUACUGAUCACACUUCUGCUGCAGCCAUUGGGAUGACAGCACAAGAGAAGAGGUUCAAGCCUGCAGAUGUUACUUGUCUUGAAAUCGGGAGCAUCUCAGAAUCAGAUCCCAAGUUGCAAUUAAUGGAGUCUGUAAAUCUUCGGGGACGGAUGUCUGGUAUGACCCCGUACUCUAAGGACAGUGUAGCUAUCGGGUAUAAUAUGGAUGCACGUGGUAUAGAUAUCAUCGAUUCAACUGGUUAUCAUGAGCAGUAUGAAAACAUAACACGUAACAUGAAGUGCGUUGAUCUUGUGUUUCAACAAGACGGGUCGGUAUUCAUAUCGAAUGGUAACAAUAAAGCACACAUAUAUGCUCCUGAUAGAUCCAAGAAAUCAACCAUACACGUAAAAGGCAACGAACUUAAUCUCAAACUAAACAGAAGUUCAGCAGAUGAAAUCCUCAUCGCGAACAGUGAGAAGAAAGUCUACAUCUUAAACCCGACGGGAUCUACUCUCAAACACACUGUUCCAACAAAACACGAGACGAGCCAGGUAUCUGGCACCAGGUCGGGUUUGCUCGUCACGAGUUCAUGUGAUUUAACUAAUCCAAGCGUGGUGACGGUCUAUGACAGGGAUGGGAAUGCUGGUAAGUCCCUAAAGGCUCACCACCAUGCCUGUGCUGCCGUGGAUGAGCAGGACAGGGUGUAUGUAGCGAGUUAUGAUCGGGGGAUUAGGGCGACGGUGAUUAGGCUCUAUGACCUUGAUGGUCUGAACCUCAAGGAGAGAGUUGUGUUCAAAUGCAAGGGACUUAAUCUGUCGACUGGUUAUAGUUGGUGUUACUUGGUUUCUCUCUCACCAGACGUGCUCGCGUUUGCUUGUGACAAGAAGUUGUAUUUUAUCAAAGUAUCACUGUAAUCCAUCUCACACUCUAUAUUACCAUUAUUUGUAGUGUAUGCCUCUCUGCUCCAGUUCUUCCUUAAUACGGGCCUAUAUUUCAUAUUAUAUUGUUUAUUACGUGAUAACUAUUUAAACCGAAUGAGAAGAUGCCCAUUCUCUCGAUAGAUUUUAAUUACC